CUCCAUAAUGGCAGAUGGAUCCACAGACUGUAGUGUAAUGGAAGAGGAGUUGGUCUACACUAGAAUGAGCAGAGCAGGAAAAGUCAAGGUGCAGUUUGUGGGGAUCCAGGCAUUGAAAAAGGCAGAUGCAACACAUAUAACAGAUGCAAUAUGCUCCCAGAUGUCUGCAGUCAGUGGUGAUGAGGAGGAAUGGAAGGAAAAGCUAGUUGCUUGUGGGACAAAUGGAUCGGCCGUUAUGACAGGAUCCAAGACAGGAGUUGUCAGCAGGCUUCGUGGGGAAAGGACGUAAAUUUUAGGAGAUGCUCUUAAGUUCAGCAGUUUCCUGCAUGAUACGUUGACUCAUCUUUGCAACCUGUCAGUGAAAUUGCAGCAGUCAUGUUUAACAGUAGCUGAUGUCCACAGUUGCCUGACUUCCACCCAGGCUGUGAUCCUCAAAUAUAAAUACGGACCUGGACCGAUGCUGAGGAAGGUGUUGGAUUCCAACACUUACAUGGGUGUUAACCUGAGACAUAGUGACACCAGCCACAUGAUGGCUAACAAAGACAAACUUCUGGACAAGCUGUCCGACUGCAUGGACAACAGAUUUGGGGAUGUGGGGUCUGGAAUCCUGAGCGAUACAAAGAUAGUUAGCUUCCAACAAUGGCCUGAUCCAGAAAACAGUGCAGACUUUGGUGAUUCAGAAGUGGACAGGCUCACAAGUCACUUCAAGCCGAUAUUGAUCUCUUCUGGAGUUGAUGUCGAUCUGAUUGCAGACCAGUGGACCAUCAUCAAGUCCUGCCUCUACAAGGAGCCACAGACACUGGAGAAAAUCACCUGGGCUGAAGUUAGGAUGCUGAGGGAGACAUGCCCUGACUUCCUGGACCUUGUGGAUCUGGUGUUAUGCAUGCCUGCAUCAACAGCAGACUGUGAGCGUGGGUUUAAUGUAAUGAAGAUGGUGAAGUCUGAUUGGCGGUCCAGUCUCAAAUGUGAGACACUGUCUGACCUGCUCUUUGUCCAUCUGUCCUCCCCCUCAAUCAAAGACUUUGACCCUAGCACAGCAGUUUAG